AUGUUCUUCUACACCAGAGAACUUGUGGCACCGCGUCUCGGUCGUGGUCAGGGCUUGCAGCGGUUUAAGAAGAGGCCGCCGACGAAUAAGUGCCUGGAGAGAUUACGGCAAUCCUUGAUACAUUCCACUAUCCAUGGCAUGCUGCAUGUCAUCGAAGAACGGCAUCUCUGGCAGCGGUCCUUGUGGCUAGCCAUUGUCCUGGCAGCCACCAUUGGCGGCUUGAGCAUGUACUCCGUUCUGAGGGCUCGUCUUGACGAACAAGUUCUGGUUAGCCUGAUAGAAACCACCCAACUGCCAGUUUACCACAUUGAGUUUCCUGCGGUGGCCGUCUGUCCUUGGAGCCAUGUCAACUGGGAGCGGGCUGAAAGUGCCAUGAAGCGUUUCCUGCCUCGAAAUCCAGACCAGGAACUUCGGGACUCGUUUCACGAACUGCUAACCGUCUUGGAACUGACUUCGUUCGAAAACUUCAGGAGUGCAAGUGUCCUUUCCAAGAGAAAUCUGACGGUACUAGGUUCCAUGUCCAUGAUGAAGUUGAUAAACUAUCUGGCGUACAGAUGUGAUGAGCUUUUUGUGAAAGAUUCCUGCGAAUUUGACGAAACUCCCUAUGAUUGCUGCAAGCUAUUCGUACCAGAGCAAACGGAGAAGGGCCAGUGCCUGGUGUUCAAUUCCCUGAUCUCCGAGCACUCGCAGAAGAUACAGUUGACCAAUAAAUUCUAUCCCUACAGGCUAAGUACUGCCGGCGAGGAAUCGGGUCUUAAGUUUACGCUGAACGUAAGCUAUGCCUUUGUGCGGGAAGGCUCUAGGAUUCCUUUCGGAAUGAAUCUGAUGAUCAAGCAGCCAAGACAGUGGUCGAACAAGAUGAUGUAUCAUCUCUACCCGCACACCGAGAACUUUGUGGCAGUGCAUCCCAGUGUGGUGGAGACAUCCACAAAUACCCUCUUUAUGAGUCCCAUUAAAAGGCGUUGCUACUUCGAUAGUGAAAAGAAUCCAAUGUAUAGAAACAGCAGUCUACCCUAUAAUCGAGAAAAUUGCUUGGCCGUAUGCCUUCAUCAUGUGGUACUUAACACCUGCAAUUGUACCUCGCCGGUGUUUCUACCUCCAAUUGGUGGCGUUCGGGAAUGUGCAGUGACUGAUGGGCAAUGCUUGGCUGCCAAUUCAGACAUUUUUAGCUACUCAAAGACUCGAGACCAGGACAAAUACAUCAAUGACUCCAGGCGAGGGCAUUUCUGCGACUGUCCCGACAACUGCAAUUCUCGGCAAUACCAAAUGACCCUCAAUGUGCGAAAGUUAAACUAUCCCAAAAAUUCCACGGAUAGUCUGAUUAGAGCCCAAGUAUAUUAUGGCCAGCGUGUUAUGACCAAAAUCAUCACCAAACUAAAAUAUACCGACCUCGAUUUGUUGGCUAACUUUGGCGGCAUUAUAAGCCUGUACAUGGGAGCUUCUGCUCUGAGUUUUGUGGAACUAGGCGUCCUCUUGACAAAGAUACUAUGGACCCGCCUGAAAAGUAGAUAUGAAAAAUGCAAGUCGUAGAUCAAGUAGCUUAUACCAAUACAUAUAUAUUUACUCUGACCGAUAAUAAACAAUUCAAUUAGGAGACCUUUCUCCUUUAUUCGAAAGGUA